UGUUUAUGGAUUUUGAUUGUGGAUUACCCCUGUUAAGGUAUUACUUUCAAUAAAAAGGAUUGCAUUUGGAUCCGCCACCUUGUCUUGCCUCACCGUAACAACAUACUGGCUAAGGAUGCGUUCUGAACUGAAUGAAAUUCUCAGCUGUUGGACAGAACUCUACGUUCACAGAGAGAGAUGCCUAAAGUUGUUGUUUACUGGCCUGUGCCUUGGAAUUACAGGAUUCUUGGUUGUAUGGACUUACGUUGGAAGUAAAGAUGUGAAAAAACCUCCAACCAGCAUUUUGUUUCAGCACUUUGCCAAACUUUACAACUCCAGAAACUUCUCCACCCCUCCUGCUGAUGUUCUGCUCGAAAUCACUUCAGAAGACUCAGAGUCAAGUUCAUUUUACUCUGAAUUUGGAAUCAGUUCAGAAAGUUACUCCAGUUUACAGCAGGAAGUCUACUGGGCUGGACCGGACAGAUCAAUCACAGAUGUGUCUAUGAGUACAAGUGCAGCUCACUCCACUUUCAUCAUUCAGAACCUGAAAGACAGCUACCAAAUAGGAGAUGAGCUUUUUGUUACUAUCCAUGCCAGAGACUUUAACAAUGAAUCUAAACGUUACGGAGGAGAUUUCUUUCAAGCAAAGCUUUUCUCAUCUGAAAAUCCCCCAAAGGCCAGUGUGUUUGGGGAGGUGGUGGAUUUGCUCAAUGGCUCUUACUCUGUGCGUUUUCUUCUGCCGUGGGUUGGACAGGCACAGGUGGCUGUGCGUCUGAUCCACUCCAGUGAAGGGGUGCAGGUCCUCAAGCAUCACAGAGACACAGAUUCUGACAGAAUUUACUUUAACGGAUAUUUUGAAGGUCCAGGACCAAAUGGGACCAGGUUGAGAGAAACAGUGAAGUGUAAUGUGAAGUGGGACAGGAAUGGACUGGAGAGGAUGGGGACUGGAGAUUGCUGCUGUGAUUACAAAGAUUCUGACAGUGGGGAAGAAUGGCGCUGUGAGAGACCCAAAUCUCUGCCAUGCAGCGCUCGCGUCUAUCACUCUAUGGGCGGGUAUAAAAAACGCGUGACCGCCAAAGAAGCAAUGUUUAUGCGUGAAACCAACAAAUACAUAAAUGGCCAAAGAACACCAAUCAAGAUUCUUCCUUCCAAUGGAACAGUGGGAAUUGAUGUAACACAGAAAUGUCGUCCUGGUGUGCAUUCACCAGUUCCAGCUGGGUUUUACCUAAAUAAUGUUUGGGAGUCCUUUGUGUGUAGCACCCGUCCUUUUACUACUGAAACCGCAACACAAUGCCUGAAAGACAAACACAUCUUCAUGAUGGGAGACUCUACUUUGAGACAGUGGUUUGACUUCUUGCUGAAAGCAGUACCAACUUUAAAGCGGAUGAACCUGCAUGUUCAAUAUCAGGCAGGGCCUCUUAUAGCAGUGGAUGUGGAGAACAACAUUGACUUACACUGGAGGGCUCACGGUCUUCCUCUACGCUGUCGGAUAACAGAAGUUUCUAAUCUGCACUACAUCAGUAAUGAGAUUGACUAUAUGACUGGAGGACCUCACACUGUUAUUGUAUUUAAUCUGGGGCCACACUUCACAACAUACCCUCUCGAGUACUUCACACACAGAGUGUUGAGGGUCCGCAAAGCUGUGCUAGAUAUGUUACAACGGGCACCAGACACUACCGUUAUAAUCAAGACUGUAAACACCGGCUAUAAGGAUGUGUUUGGCAGUGACUGGUAUUCUCUGCAGUUGGACAGAAUCCUACGGUGGGCUUUUCAGGAUGUUAAUGUUUAUAUUUUGGAUGUUUGGCAAAUGACAGCCUGUCACUACAACAAAGAGAACAUUCAUCCAGGUCCUGUCAUCAUCAAAAAUGAGAUGGACAUUUUCCUUUCUUUCAUUUGCCCUGAAUGAUUUUAUCAGGAGCUAUCAGGAGAUAAAAGCAACUGUCUUUUUUAUAUUAUUUAAUAUAUAUUGAAUGUGUUAAAUAAUAGAUGUAUAAGAGCUGUCCAAAUUGAAAACAGCUUGCACUGACAUAUCUUAACCCUCAAAAGUUCCUCAUUUUCUGUUUACACUUCUGGCCCUUGGGGUCUAUAUGGCCCCAAAAUUGAAAGCAUAAUAGUAAGAAAUACAUUUUCAAUAAUACAAAUAAUACAGCAUUUUUUUUAACUUCUCAUACAAUAAAGCUGUGUUUUGAGAGAUUUGAAGUAAUUUUGUACCUGCUUUGUACCUUUGUACUACACCAUUGGCUUGCCUGAACAAUAUCAAAUUUUUAUGAAAAUUCACAUUAAUUAUUAUCUAAAUUUGAUUUACAUUGUUUUUUAGAUAUUGAUAUAGGUGUUAGGUGUUGAAUUCAGCCAUCGUUUUUUGGAAAAAAACCACAAAAUAAUUGCUGUUUGUUUAGUAAUUAAAUCAUUUCGACGAGCAGAUGCCCAUAGAGACCCAUUCAUUUUACUGGAUAUGGACAACUGCUCAAAUCACUACUUUAGUGAUACAUUUUGUGAAUUUAUGUUAAUAUAAGCAUUAGAUAGGACAUUGAACAUAAAUUUUAUUUCAAAUAGUAAUUCUUUUUUGUUUUUGAUGCAUUUUGAAAUGUCUGUUUUUACAAAAUGCUACAGAAAUUUGAAUGAAUAUAAGUGUGUGCAUCUGUGCGUGUGUGUUUGUGAGUGUACAUGUGCGUGCAUUAGGUCACACCCCUUUAUGUGUUAUUUUCUGCAUUUGUGACUGAUUUUAUUUGCCAAAUUCCAUACAAAUGCUCUCUGUGGCAGUCAUACCUGUGUGUGCUUGCGUGCGUGUGUGUGUGUGUUUGUAUGUAUGUAUGUGUGCAAGCAUGUGCUUUUUGCAUUGCAUUUGUGCACAAGUACAAGGCCUUCAUUUCUGUGUCAAAAUUUUCAGAUUAAUGCUGGAUUUAUUAAUAUUUAUUUUUUGACAAAUGGAAUUUUAUUUUUUUCCCAUUCACUUUUAUUUGGGGUCAUAUUGACCCCAAGGGACAGA